UCCAAGUAUGAGAAACCUGUUGCCUUCUAUUCAUCUUGGGAUCCUGUGGCUUUCCCUAACGUCACAAUGACCCUCAGCUCCCAAGAUGAAGGACCUGUUCAUCUGUGGCAUCAACUUCGUGAGUAUUAGAAAUAGAGAGAGACUCCAAGCUCACGUAGCCGGGUCUAAAGGCUUAUCAGAGGCUAAGCCAGAGGGGGAAAAACAGUAAAGCUAGUCUCUGCUGACCAGAGGUACGGGCACAGGGCCAUCUGUCCAUUCUCUGAAUACAGCUGACACCAAAGGAGGGCAACUCUGUACUCAGGGAAUCAUACACACUUUGGAGCCACAAACAUUAACUCAUCCUGGAGAGAGUUGGUGAAAAAGUAACUUACUGGCAUCUUCCUGCGGUCUCAAACUCCAUCACUUGAGCAGUGUCACUUCUGUUUAACAAGUUCCUAUUCGGGAGUGUCAUGGCAAGAGGGAUCACAUUUCAUUUAACAUCUUAUAGACAGUCUGUUUGAAGCAUCUAGACCUGAGAGAAGAAUGAAUAUGAAUGAGAGACAGGGCGGAGGAUCAGAGGGGGGACUAAAUGUCACCCUCACCAUCCGCCUGCUAAUGCAUGGGAAGGAAGUUGGAAGUAUCAUUGGGAAGAAAGGAGAGACUGUCAAAAAAAUGAGAGAGGAGAGUGGAGCCCGAAUUAACAUAUCUGACGGAUCAAGUCCAGAGCGCAUCGUCACCAUAACCGGUGCAUCUGAGGUCAUCUUCAAAGCAUUCGCCAUGAUUGCAGAGAAAUUUGAGGAGGAUAUCAUGGCCUCCAUGAUAAACAGCACAGUGACAAGCAGGCCUCCUGUCACACUGCGCCUCGUCUUCCCCGCCAGUCAGUGCGGUUCACUUAUCGGCAAAGGAGGCUCCAAGAUCAAAGAGAUCAGAGAGAGCACAGGUGCCCAGGUGCAGGUAGCAGGAGACUUACUCCCUGACUCUACUGAGAGAGCGGUGACCAUCUCAGGCACCCCCCACGCCAUUACACAAUGUGUGAAGCACAUCUGCACUGUCAUGCUAGAGUCACCACCUAAAGGAGCCACCAUUCCAUACCGACCCAAACCCUCUGCAGGUGGUAGCCAAACAGUGUUGGCACAACCACAUACUGCUCCGGCUUUUGCUAUCCCAGGACAAUUUGCAAUUCCACCCCAAGACUUGACCAAGCUUCACCAGUUGGCUAUGCAGCAUAUCCCCUUUACCUCCCUUGGGCAGAGCAACCCCACCUUCCCUGGUCUUGAUGCCUCCUUUGCAACCAGCUCUCAAGAGCUGACCAUACCUAAUGAUCUCAUAGGCUGCAUCAUUGGCAGACAGGGCAGUAAGAUCAAUGAGAUUCGGCAGAUGUCUGGUGCCCAGAUCAAGAUUGCGGGGGCCACAGACGGUUCGGCUGUGCGCCAUGUCACCAUCACAGGCUCCCCAGCCAGCAUCAGUGUGGCUCAGUACCUCAUCAGUGCUAGUUUAGAGAUGGCUAAACUGAGCAUCCAGGCUGCAUCCUCCACAUCCUCCACCACAGCUCUCGACUUUGGCCUGGGUUUCUCCCAGUCUGCCCCCUCCUCUUCCACAGCUGUCCUGGCUGCUCCCCCCUCCGCUAUUAACGUCCACUCCCCCCAGUCUAUCCCCUCCUUCCCCAGUGCCCAUUACACCCUGCCUGUCUCCAGCCUGCUUGGCAUGAAUACCGUCCCUCUGCUGGCAGUGCACGCAGCUGCCUCCGCGGGCCUCCCGCCCGGCCUCACCCCCUACACCGCAAAGAUUCCCACUUCGUCCAGCAUCAAAAAAUCAGAGCGGCAGAAGUUUGCCCCGUACUGAGCGUCCGUGGUCUUUAAUAUAAUGAGUAUUGUUAUAUUUGUUUAUUAUUUAUCCAUGAAUAUUAAGUAGAUUGAAAGUGUUUCUUCCUGGCCUCUAUCUCUCUUUAAUGUCUCUGUGCAAUAUUUUGCAAACAAAUAGCACAAGUUAUAGUGAGUGUAUGACAAGAUUAAUCGCUCUUUAUAUCGUCUUCCAUUUUGUUUGCCAUUUCAUUUGGAAGUGUUUGAGAUAUCCAUCUCUCACCAUAUAAUUUAUCUGACACUCCUACUUAUGUUCACGGAAAGCCAAAGCCAGCAGGAAUUUGAUUUAUUGGUACUAUGCAGCUCAUGGGGAAGGUCUGUGUCUGUAAGUGUGAUUUUUUUUGUUUGUUUUUUUGUUUAUCUUGGUGUGAUUUUAUUGUGCUGAUUAGAACAGGCUGCCAUCUUUGUUAUUGUAUCAGAAUAAGAAAGUAAUUUCAAAGAGAGUGUGAUGCUCUGUGUCUCAUACUGAUGUUGUUAAUCAGACCUUCUAACUUAAAGAUAGUGUUCACCCCAAAAUGGAAAUUCUCUCAUCAUUUCCUCACCCUCAUGCUAUCCCAGAUGUGUAUGACUUACUUUCUUCUGCAGAACACAAAGAUUUUUAGAAGAAUAUCUCAGCUCUGUAGGUCCAUAUAACGCAAGUCAAUAUAGUCCAAAAGCACCAAAAAGCACAUAAAGUCAGCAUAAAAGCAAUCCAAACGACUCCAGUGGAUAAACUGAUAUCUUCUGAAGCGAUAUGAUAGGUGUGGGUGAGAAAGAGUUCAAUAUUCCAAAAGUCCUUUUUUUUAAUUUUUUUUUACUAGAAAUCUCCACUUUCACCUUCUUCUUCUUUUGUUUAUGGUGAUUCACAUUCUUUGUGCAUAUUGCCACCUAUUGGGCAGGAAGGAGAAUUUAUAGUAAAAAAGGACUUAAAUAUUGAUCUAUUUCUCACCCACACCUAUUAUAUUGCUUCUGAAAACAAAGAUUUAAGGUGCACUCAGUAUUUUUAUUUUUCCUCAUUUAAAAAGUUUUACUUCUAAAGAAAUGAAUAGUAAUACUGAAACAUAUGUAUGAAAUCAUGACCACUCAUGUGAGAUGAAGAGUUCAGUCAUAUCAGUAAUCUUAUAAAAGCUUUUUUAUUCUACAUGGGGCGGGGGCGCCCUCAGGGGGGCAGCCAUGUUAAGAUCACAUGACCAGCUGAACACUACUUUUUUUAAUCUCAGUAACUGCCCUGUUAUUGGACACUUUCAUUCAUGGAUUAAAUUAAUCCAGGUUUACUGUGCAUAGUUAAUUUCAACAAUGGCAUUGGCAACUGAAAACUACUGUGUUGGAAUGAUGCAGCUUCCAGGCCAGUAGGUGUCAGUGUAAGUCAAUGUAAGUUACUUCAGCAUACUUCAAAAAAUUACUGAGUGCACCUUUAACCACUGGAAUCUUAUGGAUUACAUUUAUGCUGCCUUUAUGUGCAUUUUGGAGCUUCAUCAUUCCAACCACCAUACACUUAUACAGAUCUGAAAUAUUCUUCUAAAAAUCUUCAGUUGUGUUCUGCAGAAGAAGGAAACUCAUACACAUCUGGUAUGGGAUGAGGGUGAAUAAAUGAUGAGAUCAUUUUCAUUUUUGGUGAACUAUCCCUUUAACAGCAGAACAUACAUCUAGAGGUCUCCUGAAAAUCGAUUUUGCCGAUACCGAUAACUAAGGUGGCGGAAAAGGCUGAUAACUGAUUAAUUAGCCGAAAGUUUUAAAAAUGGAUUUAUUUAAUGUUAUUUAUUUAGUUUUUCCUUACUGUGACAGGCACAGAAAGAGGCAACUAGAGUCCAAAAUGAAUAAAAUGCCAGAUGCUGUUUAUUGCAACCAAAAUCCCAGUAACAACCAGAAAAAAAUUAAGAUUUGGUGUAUAACGCAGGAAUUUUAUGCAGCAAAAAACUAUCGGCAAACUAUUAUGUGGAUUUUUACCAAUAAAGGAUAGUUCCAAAAGCAGUGUUGCUGAUUAAUCGGUUGACCUCUACAUGCAGUACGUCAACAUUCUCAACAUACCUUCUUAAAAAUUACCUAAUUAAUACUGCAGAGAAAGAUAAAGGCGAUGUGUAUUGUUUGUGCCACUAGAGUCACCAAACAGAAUUGCAAAAAUAAUUACUGUUCUUAAAUUGGUUUCCCAAACACAUGCCAUUGUUUGAGCCAACGUUGCUUUGUUGGGUUGGUCGAGAGGCUCAAACAAACAGAGCAAUGUUUUGAUAGUGCCACAGAGCUGCAGUUUUACAUUAUACACUUCAGUUUUAAAAUAUAAAGGCAUGAGGGCAAGAUGGCAUAUCUUGGUAGGCCUACACAUUUUGUGAUUCUAACAUUUGCAUCCUGCUGUUUUAGAAUCAUGCUACAAUCCAUGGCCAUAACCACGCCUUCUUAAGUUGUUAGCUAUAAUACUGUUCACACUUUUAUGUUGAUGCAAAACAUUAUCAAAUAUUAUUUUUUUGUUUUUGUUUCUCUCAGCUUAGUUAAAUGAUGACACUGUAAAACUGUGACCCACAUAUGCAGUAGAGCCAUGCUUCUCAUGCCCAGCAGGGCUUAUAUCAGGGGUAUAACUGUUUUUAACAAUAAUUUGAUCUGUUCUUCUAUAUCUGAUUGUGUGUUUUUCUCCUAGGCUGUCCUCAGUGAUAGCAAGUCUGAGGCCACUGUAGUGCAACCUUUAUAUCUUAUCAUUAAUCUCUCAUUGGAUUACCCUAAAGACAUAGUGGACUCUUAUGGACUUAAAUACUACACAAGAAUCCCUGGCUACACAAUGAUACAUUUUUUUAAAGUAUUUUUAAAUCUUGUAAUAAACAGAUAUGCUGUAACUAGUUUUUUAUGUUUCAACCUUCAAUGCAAGACAUGUAUUUGUGUUUGUUUUUAGAUUGCUUUUUGAAGUACCUGUAUGCAUUUUGCUGUUAAUAUGACAAUCAAUGUGCUUUUAUUAAUUGCAUUACAAAUGUAGAACUUAAAAGUCAUUCUUUAAUUAAACGAU